UCAGCCUGUUCCCCGCCUCUUUACACUGAGACCACUUGUCUUUGAAACACAGUUCAGUCACGAACAUUACAGCAGUGCUGUCGCACCAUGCGCACGACAAUGAACUUCACCCUCCUGUCAGCUAUACUCUGUAUCCUCAGUUGGAUCUCUGUCUCACGUUGUGAAUUUCACGCUGUGGAGGUCCAGACCGGUGAAGAGGUCACGCUGCUGUGCACCAACUACACCAGUUCCCCCUCUGACAUAUCAUGGUUCAGACUGAAAAACGGAUCUAACACCAGCCCCAUCUCCUCCAUGCUCUCCCUUGAGAGAGGUGCAUCGUACUUCGAUGGGUUUGAAGAAGAAAAGUUCAACAUAACGUCCAACGUCAGUAACGUCUUUCUCCAAAUCAAACAAGUGGAUUUAUCUGACUCUGGACUCUAUAUAUGUGGCUAUAACAUGGGCAGAGACUACAGAAAAUCCCCAGCAGUUUACAGUGCAACAUAUUUAAAGGUUAAAGAAAAGUCUGAUGAACAAGCAAAUCUUACCAUGGUGAUCCUCAUGGGCGGUCUGAUUAUAGUCCUCAUUAUAAUCAUCAUCGCUCUGGUUCUUAAAAUCUGGAAACUUCAUACAGCACAUAAAGAGGCACAGGAUCUACAAGACAGUAAGGAUGAGCAGAAUGAAGACGACCCCUGCUACAUUGCUCACAGGGAGAUACAGAUGAACAGAUCCAGAAGACAGAGGGAUGAUACCUGGAGUGAAUGUGUGUACUUGAGUGUGAGGCAGUAGAGCUGGACACCUUCUGUAUUGUUCUCUGUGUUUACAUCACCACAUUCUGACUUUACUGACAUAAGAACAGUCUUUUACUUCCGUGUGAAACAUUUAAAGCUUCAGUUUGUUAUCAUCUAAAUAAAACAAGUUAAAUUU